AUGCCAUCCAAUCUCAAGCUCUCUGGUGUGCUUGUAACUGUCGUGUUAGUUAUGGUGGGUGUUAUUGUUGUUUGUGAGGGCAGAAACCUCAAGGCGGCAACAACAUAUGAAACUGAUAACUUGGGAGGUGGUGGAGGAUUCGGCGGGGGCGGUGGUUUUGGGAAAGGUGGUGGUGUGGGACUUGGUGGUGGUGGAGGAGCUGGUGGCGGCUUAGGUGGAGGUGCUGGAGGAGGCUUUGGUGGAGGUGCAGGCGGUGGAGCUAGAGGAGGUGCAGGUGGAGGUGCAGGUGGUGGGUUAGGCGGAGGUGCUGGUGGAGGCCUCGGUGGAGGAGCAGGUGCCGGAGGAGGCCUAGGAGGAGGAGCUGGUGGUGGAGCAGGAGGAGGCCUAGGUGGAGGUGCUGGUGGUGCAGCAGGAGGAGGCUUAGGUGGAGGUGCUGGUGGUGGAGCAGGAGUUGGCUUAGGAGGUGGAGCUGGUGGUGGAGCAGGAGGAGGCUUUGGUGGAGGUGCCGGUGGUGGAGCUGGAGGAGGUGCUGGUGGUGGAGUAGGUGGAGGUGGAGGUGCUGGUGGUGGUUCUGGGGGAGGAACUGGAGCUGGUGGGGGUGCUGGUGGAGGAGGUGGUUUUGGUGGUGGUGCAGGAGGUGGUGGAGGAUUUUAA